AUGCACCGCGCUGCCUCCAACCAGCGCUCGGUCUCCUCCUCCUCGGGCUCCUUCCAGCCGCCGCCGCCGCCGCCGCUGCCGCACGCCGCCGACCGGCAGCCCCUCUGCCCGGGGGGCUCCAGCAGCGGCGGCAGCCGGCGGGGCUCGGGGUCGAGCUCGGGCUCGGCGCGGGCCCGCCGCCCCCGCAGCCCCCGCAGCAGCACCGAGGAGGAGGAGGAGGAGGAGGAGGAAGAGGAGGAGGAGGACAGCAUCAGCAUCAGCAAGCCCCUGCGCUGGGGCUUCCAGGCGCUGUCCCUGGUGCUGCUGCUGGGGCAGGGCGCGCUGCUGGACCUCUACCUGAUCGCCGUCACCGACCUGUACUGGUGCAGCUGGAUCGCCACCGACCUGGUGCUGGCGGCCGGCUGGGGCAUCUUCUUCUGCCGCAACAGCCGGGCGCGCCGCCGGGAGCGGCCCCCGCCGCCCCCCGGGCCGCCGCCACCGCACCCGCUGCUGCUGCACGGCCCCCCCGGUGGCCGCGGGGCCGGGGGCCGCGGGGCCGGGGCCCCCCCCGGCGGCGACUUCGCCUACGCGCACCUCGCCUGGCUCAUCUACUCCAUCGCCUUCACGCCCAAGGCGGCGCUGAUCCUGGGCACCUCCAUCCUGGAGCUGAUCGAGCUGCGCCUGCCGCUGGGCACCACCGGCUUCCGCAUCACCCUGGCGCUCUCCGCCCCGCUGCUGUACUGCCUGCUGCGGGCCAUCGGCACCGAGGGCGCCGGGCAGCUGCUCCUGCCGCCGCAGCCGCCGCCGCAGCACCGCGCCGCCGCCGCCUUCCUCGCCACCUGCCUCGACCUGCUCGACAGCUUCUCCCUGCUGGAGCUGGUGCUGCAGCCCGGGCGGCCGGCGCCGCUGCCCGCCCCGCUGCGCUACCUCCUCAUCGCCGUCUACUUCCUCUGCCUGGCCUCGCCGGUGCUGUGGCUCUACGAGCUCAGCGCCGCCCCCCCCGGCGCCGCCCGCCUCGCCCUCCACCUCCUGCUGCCCGCCGGGCUGCUGGACGCCCCGCUCCUGGCGCUCCGCUGCCUCCUGCUCCUGCGCUACCAGCAGCCGCUCUCCCUCUUCAUGCUGAAGAACCUCUUCUUCCUGGCCUGCCGCGGCCUGGAGGCGCUGGAGACCUGCUGCCUCCUCCGCCCCGCCGCCGCCCCGCCGCCCGCCAAGUACGGCCCCGCCGCCGCCGCCCCCGCCGCCGCCGCCCCGCUGGCCCACGGGCUCUCCGACGCCGACGUGGGCCCCCACGGGUACGUGAACGCCUUGGCGGUCACCGCCCAGGGCUGA